AUGCCACCACCAACGAGCAGCAUCCCGAUUGCCAGAGGCAAUAUUCCUGGGGUUGCUUUGAUGAGGCCAGUCAUGCUUGUCAGUGUACCGUGUCCGAGCGGGCCUGCGACGCGGCGGCGGGCAAAACCUGGACACAUGAGUGCUGGUCGUGCUGCCACGGCUCUGCUUGGGGCUGCUUCGUGCCGGGGAAUGGCCCAGAGUCCGGCUGCCACUGCAACCUCUACGAGGGCGCGUGCGCCCUGGACUUUCCUGACGCAACUUGGUCCCACCAGUGCUUCGAGUGCGAAGAGGAUGCG